AUGGCCGACAACGAUGAGCAGCACAACCACACCUUUGAGUCGGCUUCGGCCGGUGCUUCCGCUACGUUCCCCAUGCAGUGCUCUGCACUCCGCAAGAACGGGCACGUCGUUAUCAAAAACCGCCCCUGCAAGAUUGUCGAGAUGAGCACAUCUAAGACUGGAAAGCACGGCCACGCCAAGGUUCACUUGGUUGCCAUUGAUAUCUUCACUGGCAAGAAGCUCGAAGAACUUUGCCCGUCCACCCACAACAUGGAUGUCCCCAACGUCUCCCGCACUGAAUACCAGUUCUCCCACAUCGAGGACGAUUUCCUUCACCUCAUCAAGCCCGAUGGUAGUGAGAAAAGCGACGUCAAGCUCCCCGAGGGAGAAGUUGGCGAGAAGAUUCAGGCUUAUGAGGAUGAGGGCACUGAUAUCCUUAUCACUAUUAUUUCUGCUAUGGGUGAGGAGGCUGCCAUCUCCGUCAAGGAGGCCCCGAAAUAA